AUGGUGUCGCCAGCUCGGUUUGGCCUUACGGCCAGGGGGUUACUCUCGACUAGGACAACGGGUUCGGCGAGGAUAACUCUGGGGACGGCAAAAUGGACAUCCCCUGCUGGGCAACAAUGCCGCUGGAAGGGUGUUGCGACACACCGCACCGCCCAUGGUACUGAUAUGAAUUCUCAGCGGUCGCCCGCGGUAGAGAUGCAGAGGAAGUUGGGGAAGGGCACAAAUCUCGCGGCAGAGAUCACAUCAAUGGUGCUGCCUGGCACCUUCGUCCUCCCGCCCCUUUCCCAAUUCCCCAAGCCCUUCAGCCAAAAAGUCAAGCUCCUCUGGUACUGGCUCCUGAUCAAAGGCCAAGAAAUCCUGACCAAUGCCGCCGUCAAGUAUACCUCCAAGCCCUCUUUCUUUAAGCGCGCCAUCUACAAGCCGAAACGCUCCGUCCUGAUCCCCACCGCAAAAGCCAUGCACCGCGCCAUGGCCGAGGCCCUUGCGUCUGGCGACCGCGACACCAUUAACAAGAUCUGCUCCCGCUCGCUCGGUACCUCCCUUCUCGCCAGCAUUGACACCCGUCCCAAGACCCGCCGCUACGGCUGGCAACUUUUGGAUUACACCAAGAAGCUAUUUUAUCCCUCUGUCAAGUCGCACCGCAUCACGGCGUUGGGGCGGGAGAAGAAUGCGCCGAUCGUAAGGCAAGCAGUCGUCAGCAUUUCGAGUCGGCAGCGCCGCGUGCAGUAUGAUGCGCAGGGGAAGGUCAUUCCGGGGAGUGAGAAGGAGAUUGAUGUUGUGGAGCAUGUGGCCAUGGCGUGUGUGGUUGAUCCGAGGACUUGGGCCGAGAGUGAGUGGCGGCUGGUGGGCACGAUUUCGGCCACGACAUUGGAGGAGUGGGAUGCAGAGAAAGAGAUCUUGAAGGAACUCAUGAAGAAUCCUUCACCAUAG